ACGUUGUGCACGCUGAGAGCCAGAUACCACACAGCACGUUCAUAACUUGGAGAGCUCUGAGCGAGAAUCAGUCCGCAAAAUGAACAAGAGGUUUCCGCUACAAGUCCGAAUUAUUGGACUAAUGCAGCACAAGAAGCUAAAGACCUACCUUGCUUCAGUCCUUUGGUCUGAUCAGAAUGAUGUUAUCGUCUACAGAACCUUCGCAGAGUUUAAGAAACUGCAUAAAACCGUUGCGAAGAAGUAUCCUCUAGAAGCUGGUCGAAUUAAAAAAGCAGACCGGAUACUACCCAAGUUCCAAGAUAUUUCCAGGAAGGAAAGAAGGCAGGCCCAAGUGAGUAGAUCAGUGCUGAGAAUAAGAAUGUUACAGGAAUACUGUGAUCGUUUGUUGACAUCUUCCACCAAGAUCUCCGAGGACCAAGAUAUUGUCCAAUUCUUCCUGGCGAGUAACAGCGACUUGGCGCCUUCCUUCCCUUCAGACAGUGCAAUUGUUAUGCCUUCGGCGGUGGAGAAAAGGAGAGAGACUUUAAGGCGUUCCGCUAAAGGUGGAGCCCAGUCCAUCACCCAGCCCAUGGCUUCAGAGAAUUACAAGUGCAUCGCGUCUUAUGAAACGAAAGAUACGAAGAACAAGCCGUUUAAGGUGUUGGAGGACGAAACCGUCGAUGUUAUAGCGAAGAACACAUCGGGCUGGUGGCUUGUGGAGAAUGAUGAAAAGCAAUUAGCCUGGUUUCCGGCUCCCUAUCUCAAAAAAUGCCUCGCGUGUGUCACAUCUGGGGAGUCAAUCGUUGAAACAGGCGAGUGCCAAUAUUAUGCUGUUAAAAGCUAUGAAGCGAAAAAUGAGGAUGAACUGUCCAUGAACGUGGGUGUUAUAGUUGAAAUCUUGAAAAAAUCUAGUGAUGGAUGGUGGUUUAUUAGGUACGAUGGCCAGUCUGGGUAUGUCCCAUCGCUGUAUCUGCAGCCAUAUAAAAACCCUCAUUCAAAAUUACAGAUUCUCACCAAGCCAGGCAGAUGGGCUUCCACUCCAGAUCUCUCGGCAAACGUUGACAAUUCAGCUGCGCUGUCAAAUAUUGAAAAGCAGAAUAUGUGCAAUAACCAAGGCAGCUCCCCCACAAAAACCAUCAAUAACGUUCUUAAACUGCAAAGGCAGCAAUGCAGGUCUUCCACCUGUUUGCCUGACGAAAACCUAUCUGAAGGCGAGUUGAGCCUUCCCAAUUCAGACGAGUCAGAUAGCAGGCCAGAAAGCCUGUGCGAUGAUAGUUCAGACAAGUCAGAAUCAACUGAGGUCGGAAGUUUGCCAGAUAGUUACCACAUCCUUAAAGGCUCCGAUAAUGUGGCACGACUGUUUGAGAAGAACCUAACUGCUGAAACCAUGUCCAAGAAUGAUUCAGGAGUGGAACAGGUGGAUUUGAGUUCCAGGCCUGAAACUUCAACAAGAGAGAAAACUCCUGCUACAAACGUCGUCCCCAAAAUACCUCCGAGGCCACAUCGCCGAGAAAUACUGUCAAGGUGCACAACAUUUACCAAGAACAUGGCUCUGAGAUCUCAAAAUAUUCCUACCUUCCAAAGUUACAUAACAGAGAUGUAGGUCACUCAACCGAAGUAUUGCUGAGAAAGAAAAGUUUUGUUUUUUACUUAAACAAUAUUUUGAAAUAGUAUGCAGAAGCUGCAGAUUUUAUACAAUUUAUCUGAUGGAAAUAUAGGUAGUGAGCGAUGCCACAAUCAUAUUAGUUUUCAGGUUUGUUUAUAGAACAGCUACCCUGCUGAGUAGCAAUGUUAAUCCAUAAUAAGGGUCACAAUGAAGGAAAAAGUACUAUUUACUCUUUCUUUCUGGAAAAAAUCCAUCAAUUGGACUCUGUUAAAGUAGCCACUGAUGCUUAUCUUUUCAUAAUGAACCCUCGAGAGUGACACCAGGAUUGACCAGAGGAAUGCUCAUUUUUAGCACAUCCCAAAUAACAAUUGUGUAAAUACCCAUUAAUUAUAUUUGAUUGAUAAGUCAAUACUUAAUAGUUUUUUAAAUAUAGUAAAAUACUGAUUUUGGGACGUUCUGAAGUGAAAUUUGUUCGAUGUGACAAAUAUCGAAAUGUUUUUAAUGCGAUGCUAUAAUGAAGGUGAUCAUUGAUUUUUAGAAGUUUACUGUUACUGGUUGUUAAGUUCAUUAAUAUUUCUGACUGGCUUUGAGGCAUCCAAAUCAAACAACAUUUCUGCUCGAUCUGUCUGUAGUCCAAUCCCAGACCAACAUGGUUUGUUUUUUUUUCAAUUGCCCCCUGAGUUUGCCAAGCAAAGAACUCUGUUGUAACAAAAUCACAGCAAUGGUUAAGUCAACUACCAACUUUUCAGGGCAAUCCUGGAUAGCUAGAAAUGCCUAAAAACUAAUUUUUCAAAAAAAAAAGGCCUUGGUAAAGGUAGAAAAAUAAGAGCUCCCUCAGUUAUUGCUGAAACUUGUGUCAUUGAGUGCUUAGUGAGAAAAGUGAUUCAAAUCCAUUUGGUCAACCACGAUUCUGCCCAAUUGACAAAGAAAAUCAAAACUGAUAUUAUAAUUUAACAACCAAUUAUUACAUUCAAAUUUGAGCAAGUUGUAUUUUCCAUAAUGGAAAAAACGCUGUUUUGUCAUUACACAACCAUAGCUUAUAUUAAGAAAUGUAACCACGUGUUUUCUAGAUAUGGGAUGGUACACUAACUAUCCUGGAUUUGUAUCUUUCCAGGAAUCAUGUCUCUUACUUAUAGGUGACAGCUGGUUUUCUGGUUCAGCUAUAUUUGCUGUUUUAUUUCCUUUGAUAAUGAUUCUAUAUUUUUGGGUUAUGCAAAAUUGCAAUAAAUGUUUUAUGUAUUUUAAAGUA